GUGAAGCCUCGCGCGGGGAAGGACCGGAACUCCGGGCGGGCGGCUUGUUGAUAAUAUGGCGGCAGGCGCUGCCUGGGCUUCCCGAGGAGGCGGUGGGGCCCACACCCGGAAGAAGGGUCUCCUUUCAGGCUAGUGCGGCGGCCGCUGCGGACCCGGAAGUCCGGGCCGGUUGCUGAAUGAGGGGAGCCGGGCCCUCCCCGCGACAGUCCCCCCGCGCCCUCCGCCCCGACCCGGGCCCCGCCAUGUCCUUCUUCCGGCGGAAAGUGAAAGGCAAAGAACAAGAGAAGACCUCAGAUGUCAAGUCAAUUAAAGCUUCAAUAUCUGUACAUUCCCCACAAAAAAGCACUAAAAAUCAUGCCUUGCUGGAGGCAGCAGGACCAAGUCAUGUUGCAAUCAAUGCCAUUUCUGCCAACAUGGACUCCUUUUCAAGUAGCAGGACAGCGACACUUAAGAAGCAGCCAAGCCACAUGGAGGCUGCUCAUUUUGGUGACCUGGGCAGAUCUUGUCUGGACUACCAGACUCAAGAGACCAAAUCAAGUCUUUCAAAGACCCUUGAACAAGUCUUGCGUGACACUGUUGUCCUCCCUUAUUUUAUUCAAUUCAUGGAACUUCGGAGAAUGGAGCAUUUGGUUAAAUUUUGGUUAGAAGCUGAAAGUUUUCACUCUACAACUUGGUCCCGAAUAAGAGCACACAGUCUGAACACUGUGAAGCAGAGCUCAUUGGCUGAGCCUGUGUCUCCAUCUAAAAAGCACGAAACUGCAACAUCUUUUGUAACUGAGUCUCUUGACAAGAGAUUGGAGGAUUCUAGCUCAGCCCAAUUACUAAUGACUCAACCAGAAGGAAUUGACCUGAACAAUAGAACUAGCAACAUUCAGAAUCACUUGCUGCUUUCCCGGGAAUGUGACAGUGCCCAGUCUCUCCAUCUUGAAAUGGCCAGAACAGGAAUGCAUCAAGUUUCCAUGGAAACCCAAGAAUCCUCCUCCAGACUUCUAGUAGCCUGUAGAAAUAACCCCUCUUCACCACUAAAGGAAUUAUCAGGAAAAUUAAUGAAAAGUAUAGAACAAGAUGCAGUGAAUACUUUUACCAAAUAUAUAUCUCCAGAUGCUGCUAAACCAAUACCAAUUACAGAAGCAAUGAGAAAUGACAUCAUAGCAAAGAUUUGUGGAGAAGAUGGACAGGUGGAUCCCAACUGUUUUGUUUUGGCACAGUCUAUAGUCUUUAGUGCAAUGGAGCAAGAGCACUUUAGUGAGUUUCUGCGAAGUCACCAUUUCUGUAAAUACCAGAUUGAAGUGCUGACCAGUGGAACUGUUUACCUGGCUGACAUUCUCUUCUGUGAGUCAGCCCUCUUUUAUUUCUCUGAGUACAUGGAAAAAGAGGAUGCAGUGAAUAUCUUACAGUUCUGGUUGGCAGCAGAUAACUUCCAGUCUCAACUUGCUGCCAAAAAGGGCCAGUAUGAUGGACAGGAGGCACAGAACGAUGCCAUGAUUUUAUAUGACAAGUACUUCUCCCUCCAAGCCACACAUCCCCUUGGAUUUGAUGAUGUUGUACGAUUAGAAAUUGAAUCCAAUAUCUGCAGGGAAGGUGGGCCACUCCCUAACUGUUUCACAACUCCGUUACGUCAGGCCUGGACAACCAUGGAGAAGGUCUUUUUGCCUGGCUUCUUGUCCAGCAAUCUUUAUUAUAAGUAUUUGAAUGACCUCAUCCAUUCGGUUCGAGGAGACGAAUUUCUGGGGGGAAAUGUUUCACUGAUUGCUCAUGGCUCUGCUGGCCCUCCUGAUGAUUCUCACCCAGGUGGUUCCGACAUCUCGGCCUCUCAGUCCAGUAUGAAAAAAGCCAGUGUUAAAAUUCUGAAAAAUUUUGAUGAAGCGAUAAUUGUGGACGCUGCAAGUCUGGAUCCAGAAUCUUUGUAUCAGCGGACGUAUGCAGGGAAGAUGACAUUUGGAAGAGUAAGUGACUUGGGGCAGUUCAUCCGAGAAUCUGAGCCUGAACCUGAUGUAAAGAAAUCAAAAGGAUCUAUGUUCUCACAAGCUAUGAAGAAAUGGGUGCAAGGAAAUACUGAUGAGGCCCAAGAAGAGCUAGCUUGGAAGAUUGCUAAAAUGAUAGUCAGUGAUGUUAUGCAGCAGGCACAAUAUGAUCAACCCUUAGAGAAGUCUACAAAGCUAUGACUCAAGACCUGUGAUAAAGGAAAUCUGCUUUUGAAAAAUAAGAGAACUUUUUUCCUUUGGUUGGAUUCUUCAACACAGCCAAUGAAAACAAAGCACUGUAUUUCUUUUCACUGAGAUAUCACUGUUGUUCCCAAGAAAGAAUGGCAGACAAUCCUAGACUUCCAUCAUAAGCAGAGUGACAUGUAGACAUAUUUGCUGCACAUGAUGUUCACACAGUGAAAGUCAUAAAGAGACAAAGUGGUAUUGUUUACAUUACUAGAAAAUUAAUAGCUUUCCAAUGGCAAUAACCCAUUUAUGAAAGAGUUUUAGUCCACUGGAAUAGACAGGGACCACAUACUGUGGGAGGCAGAUAAGCAUAGAGCUGAUAUUUGAUGCACAUCCUGUAAUGGUAAACCCAUCCCUAAAAGUAUCCUAAAGCAGGUACCAGACGUGCUUUUCUUUGGCCUCCUAAACAAACAGGUGAGUCAGCCCCUCCAAGAGCCAGGCAGCUCAGAGUGGCAGUGUGGUGCUAGCAGAUUGUUUUCCUUCAGUGGACCAGGGCAAGGGCUCCCUGGCCAUCUUCCUUCACAGAGGCAUUAAUUUGGAAGGAAGCUAGCUGACAGGUCGAGUCUCGGUGACAUUGUCCUUCCCUUUGGUGACAGUAUGCAAUUUUCACAUUUUAAUGGCUCCUGAGAUGCAGUAUACUGAAAACCAGUCUCUCCUUCACUAGCAAAGAUGAGUCCCCUUGACUCUGAGCAUUAAAACUUGCUCUUCUGGAAUACUGUGCUCCAAGUUACUUAACUUUCCCCCCAGACUACAUGUGGAAAAGAAGGAAUAGUAACAAUCACUCCAGGUUCCCCCCAGUGAUAGCUUGGACAAAAUGUUCAUUCUCCGAUUGUAUGCUUUUGUUUUUUUUUUUUCCUUUCUCUUUUCCUUUUUUUUUUUUUUCCUUUGAAGAUUGGCAAGCAAGGGUUGGGGAUAGGGAAAGCACUCAACCUUGACUGCCUCCCCCUUCUUUGAUGUGAGCUGGGAAGUAAGUGUGCAGCUAGCGACCUUUUUUCCUUCUGUCUCUAGGAGCGCAGGAGACCCCCUCACUGCACUUGCGCUCAGUCAGCUCCUGGGGCGGGGCCUUGCUGCCAUCAGCACUGCUGCCCCACUGACGAGCACACUCCACUGGCCGGGCAGUGCCAAUGCUUCUUCACUGCACAUGACUGAAGGGGAAGAACAUUCUCUUAGGUGUUACUGCUUUUGCUCAGACUUUGCAAAAAAAAAAAAAAAAAAUUAUAUAUAUAUAUAUAUAUAAAAUAUAUAAUUAUUAAUCACCUCUGUCCUUGAGAAAGCCUUGAAUGAAUAGAGAAUUUAUUCCAUUGCAAUAUUUGAUUGUAUAGAGGCACACUGUUUCAUCAACAGAAGAAGCAAAAGGCUGUGUAUAAGUUUUUGGUACUAUGUACCACCUCUGUUAUUCUUCUAAAGCGAAGUAUUCAUGUACUUAAACCAUAUUCUAUUUAAUUGUGUUUGAUUUAAAAAAUAUAUAUAUAUGAAUUAUAUUUAAAAUUGUGUCAACUUCCUGCUUUCAGGGCAUUUAUGGCUCUUCUACUGAAAUGUGUUGAUUCUUCCAAAUAUUUCCAUUUGCUUUACAAAACCCAGACAUGAACCGCUCCUGGACUUAGCCUUGUGUUUGGAGUGUACGCCAUAGACUUGAGGUUUUAUUAGGUGUAAUUGCUGUGAUUAACUCAUUUUGUUCUUUAAAAAAAGUAUUUCCAUCCUUUCACUUUGCUUCAACCUUUAAGUAACAGAAAAGCAAUAUAAAGGUCAUAGAAUAAAAUGUGGUUUUGGGUGACUUGCUGCCUCUGCAUGUUUUGGAAUAACCAUUUCUGUAAGAUUCUAGGCUAUUUAAGCUAGUACUUUCAGUUACGAUAAUAUAUAGUAAUUUCUUGGUAUACAUUUUGUGCUUCUGAGCUAAAGAUGUCAGUACUUGUAACAUUAUUACAAAGAAAAGAAUAGCAAAUUGGAGACUUGGUUACUUUUCUCUGCCCUACCUGCUGUGGGACACAGUGGCCAACUGUGGCCUGAAAUUAUUAGUCAGAUUAAUAUUUGGUCGGAAGUAGAUCCUUGUACUGAUGUUAAAAUUGGAAUUGGAUUCAGUCUGGCACCACUGUGUUUCAGGUUCUAUGCAGUGUGCCCACAAAAUACAGUGCCUCAGCAGGAUUUUCAUAGGCUCAAGGAAUCAGUUGAACAUCCAUCUUUAUCAUGUUUAUCAACGCAAAUUGUUAGAAAAGAUGUUAGUGAAAAAGCGCUACCUUUUGUAGUGAAAAAGCAGUAUCUUUUGUAACUUGCCAUGUCUUUAUCACUCCUGUAAGAUUUGAUGAAAGUAAAAAGUAAAUGUCAACCAAGUCCAGUGAAGAGCAAUAAAACAGGGAGCAACUUAUUGUAA